UUUAGGAAGUGAAAUGGGUCUUCCACACAGGAUUUCAUUGUUUCUCCUCCUCUGCUCAUCUCCAAUAGUGUUUGUUGAUGGUGCUUCCAACUCCACCGAGGCUCUCUGUGAUCGUCGCUGUCUGGCAAAUGUUCGGGUUGAGAAAGAACUGUUCAGUGCGCCACAGGAUGAUAACUGUACCAUGGUAGUGAACAUCACUUCAAUACAAUAUGAGACGCUGUCUUUCGAUACAAAGGGCAUGGAAAUGAGCAGCCGUAUCAAGGUAAACAUGGAAUGGAAGGAUCCUGAUCUUGGAUGGAUGCAAGAGAAACCUAGAUUUCCAACAAUUGUUAUGCCAGUUGAUAAAAUCUGGAUUCCUCAGAUAGUUUUGGACAACGCAAUUGAAACGACUGUGGAGCCGUACACUAAGGAUGUACAGGUGAGGCGGGAUGGUACAGUGAGCCAUGCAAUUGUUAUGUUCACGACGGUGAGCUGUCAAAUCAACCUCUUUAACUACCCCUUUGUGACUGGGUCGUGCCCCGUGGCCAUCAAUGGAUGGAGCCAGAAAACUUGCGCACUCAAUUUCCAGAUCUCUGAUAACGUGACGUUGGUUGGCGGCAGUCGAGGAGAGUGGCUGACUACUAGUGUGAACAAAACUGUGGAUGCAUCAAAUCGUGUUUAUCUCCUAGUGGCUCUGUCGAUUAACCCCUUCAGUGCUUUUGUGACCCUGAUCCUGCCCAGCGCACUGAUACUGCUGGCUGACCUGGUGAGCUUCGCUCUGCCAUUCGAAGGAGGAGAGCGCAACUCUUUUAAGGUCACUUUGGUUCUGAGCUUCACUAUGUUCCUCCUCAUCCUCAGCGAUCACCUGCCUAAUAGUGGCCACUGUAGCCCCCUGCUCCACUACCACUUCAGCUUCUGUCUGGUGUGUUUGGUCAUGAGUAUGCUGGCCUCCAUAGUGCUAACACGUCUGUCUGUAGAAGACAGCUUCUUGGUGUGCAGACGCUCCACCAAAGUUCAUCCAUCAAGCAGCUCCAAAACAAAUGACGGCCUGAAUCAGGAGAAAGGUGUUAUUACAACGAUGUCUGGUGAUCUGGCUUCAGAGACGGCUUCACUCCGGAAAAUAUUGAACUUUUUGGAGACCAUGGAUGAAGGAGAAAAGGAGGCUCAGAGAAAAGUCACUUUAUCAAUCAAUCCGUUCAGUGCUGUUGUGACCCUGAUCCUGCCAAGUGCAUUAAUAAUUCUAGCUGACCUGGUGAGCUUUGCUCUGCCAGUACAAGGAGGAGAACGCAACAACCUUAAAGUCACCUUGGUCCUGAGCUUCACCAUGUUCCUAGUCAUCCUCAACGAUCAUCUGUCCAGUGGUACAAGCUGUAGCCCUCUCCUCCGUACGUGA